AUGUCCGAUAAACUGAAGAAUAUGGCUUCGGCCGAGGCCAACAGUGCUCGUGCCGCUUCUCAAGCAGUCAUCAAGUCUGGCGCAUAUCUGUACCCUAUCAAGGGUAUUAUGUAUUUCGCCACCCAUAAAGAUCUCUGGGGUCCCUUCAUGUCGCGCAUUGGACGAACCUUUGGCCUGGGAAUGGGUGUGACCUCCUUCAUGUUUUUCUUCACCUACGUACCGCAAAUGGCGAUCAUGGCCUUCACCAGCGGUCCGCUUGCCGCCAUCUCGGCAGCCUUACUCGUACUCACGGAGAGCGCCACAAUCACCAACUUCCUGUCGCGGUCAUUACUGGUCGAGGGCGCGCUCGUCGACACAUUUGACGGGACCCUGAUGGCCCGUGGUCAAGAUUCCCUUGUCUCUCAGGGCCGUCAAAUCAAGCCUCGCUCCAGUGGCGCGGACGCUGUGGCUCGACUUGGAAAGAUCAUCUCACGUCCUCUGGCGCGGUUUACGCCCCAGGCCAUCUUCCGCUCACUGAUUUACCUCCCAUUGAACUUGAUUCCCGUGGUGGGGACCCUACUCUACAUUGCCUUCCAGGGUAAGCGCGUGGGUCCAACGCUGCACGCACGGUACUUUGAAUUGAAGGGGUGGAAUGCUCGAGAGAGGGAAGAGUGGAUUGCGAAGCACCGUGGCGCGUAUACUGGUUUGGGAAUGGCGUCUUUUGCCUUGGAAAUGAUUCCGUUCGCCUCAAUUGCAUUUUCAUACACCAAUACUGUGGGAGCCGCACUCUGGGCAGCAGAUAUCGAAAAGGCUUCCGCAUCUGACAAGGUUUUGUGA